AUGGGGAGCAAAUAUGUGUUGUUGUUGACUUUGAGUGGACUUUGUGGAGUGUUUGGCCAUUCGAAUGGCACUUGCCCUAAGGUGGCCAAGGAGAAAACAAAGCAAGUUUGGAAUCCUAAGAUCGAUGGUGGUGAUAAAGUGGUGCCUAAGGUGGGUUCUACUAGUGAAGGGUUGACAGCACCUUGUGGGCGUGAAUUGGAAGCAACACCAUCUAAUGCGAUUGUUUUACAUUCACCUAGCUCGGAGAGGAUGGAUGAGAAGUCCACGCUUCCAUUCAUUGCUUUUGAGGACCUUCAGGAUAAUGUGGAAUUUGAAGAGGGAGAGUGUUAUUUUUCUGAAAAUGAUGUUGAUGAGCAUACACCCAAAAUGGAUAAAGCUACUCCACAACCGCUAGCUAUUUGUGCUAAUGGUGCUACUACUCUUAUGGCUAAUCAGUUGGCUAUUAAGGCAAAAGACUCGCUUGAAAAAAAGAAGAUGAAAGGGUCAGGUGGCAAGGGCAAGAAAGGGCGAAAAUACUACUCCCCGAGGGUGGGUAAAUGGAGGGGUUUGAAUGACCCUUUCAAGCAUUCAGAAGUGCAACAACUUAUUCGAAAGGAAAGAUUGUCACUUUGUGGUUUGGUGGAAACUAAAGUUAAAGAGAGAAAUAAAGAAAAGGUGGCGAACACCAUCUUUCGAAAUUGGGGUUUAUUGUGCAACUAUAAUGCUUCUUCUCAUGGACGGAUUUGGAUUGGUUGGAAUCCUCAGGAGGUGGAUGUGGUUCUUAUAAAUUCAUCCGACCAAGUGAUGCAUGUGCAUGUUAGGGAUCUUGCUAAGAAUUCCUCUUUCAUUGUCUCGAUUGUGCAUGGUGAUAAUUGCCCUAUUAAGUGGAGUGAAUUGUGGGCUGAUUUAGUUUCUCGCAGUGUGGGAUGGGAAUCUUCUCCAUGGGUGCUCGUGGGGGACUUCAAUGCUAUAAAGUCACAAGAGGAGAUGGUUGGGGGCUCACAUAGUUGGCCUUCUUGGCAGAAUGACCUUGCUACUUGUUUAUUUCAAUCUGGCCUAAGUGAUUUACGACAGAAUGGUCGUCUCUUCACAUGGUCUAAUCGGCAGGACAAGGCUCCUAUUAUGAAGAAGCUAGACUGGGUCCUUGCCAAUUUGAGAUGGGAGUGUGACUUUUCAGGCUCUGAAGCUUACAUUCCUCCCUCUGGUGUUUCGGAUCAUUCUCCAAUGGUGGUAACACUUGCUGCCUUACCUUCGCGAAAAACACCAUUUAAAUUCUUUGAUCUUUGGGCUGAGCAUCCGCAAUUUCUAUCCGUGGUAGCUAAGGUAUGGGCUAUAGAUGUAAAAGGAAGUCCGAUGUAUCAACUAUGCCAUAAGUUGAAGCAUUUGAAAGGGGAGUUGAAAAAGUUCAAUAAGGAGUUCUUUGCAAAUUUGCCUCGGCGAGUGGUGCGAGCUAAAGAGGCUUUGGAGGAGAGUCAUAGCAAGAUCACAUCUAUGUCUACUGAUGAUGGGGCUUGGGUGGAGACUCCGGGUGAGGUCAAUGACACCAUUGUGCAGUUCUUUCAGAAUCUUCUACGUUCUCAUGCGGUUGCGGGUAUUGAUGAGGACAUGCUUCAGCGAGUCCUUCCAAAGCGGCUCCCUGAGAUUCAGAGGGAGGAUUUAGAUCGAUCUAUUUCAGAUGACGAAAUAAGGAAG